GCAGCACAAAGUUGAAAGUGAACCGUCAUGGCAUCAGGACCCGCUGCACAAGCAAUCAAGCGCUGGAUAUCAGCCCAGUCGCUAUACUAUGAAAGCGCAAAGACCGCCCUGCUUUUCUAUGUUCUACUCAUACAGUACCUCAGGGCUUACCGUCAUGUGCGAGCAAGGGGCCCCACACAGACUAUUAGCGAAUUUUGGCAAUGGAUAUCAAAGAAAGUGAUCUUAAUGGCUCUACGCCUUCCUUCUGCUCAAAAGAAAGUGCAGACGGAAAUGGACAAGGCAAGGCUUGACAUCGAGGAUAAACUGGUUCCAAAAGGCGCCGAAAUCUCGCGGCACCUGGCCCUCCCUGCUGAAGGUAAACCGCCGCAGUGGAUUCUGGAUGAAAUGACCAAGAUGGACGUCGAAUUGGGUUCGCAUGCUGAUUGGAGGCAUGGGAAACUUUCAGGAGCUGUCUAUCACGGUGGUGAUGAUCUUCAGAAAGUGGUUGUUUCUGCCUUUGAACGAUAUUCAGUUUCGAAUCCUCUUCAUCCUGAUGUUUUCCCAGCAAUUCGGAAGAUGGAAGCUGAGAUCGUGGCCAUGUGUUUGAGGAUGUAUAACAACCCGGACGGUGCAGGGACUAUGACUUCUGGAGGCACCGAGUCCAUUGUCAUGGCAGUCAAGACGUACAGGGACUGGGCAAAAGCUGUUAAAGGCAUAACGGAACCUGAAAUGAUUAUACCAGCAUCCGCGCAUGCUGCAUUUGACAAAGGGGCCAUGUACAUGAAGAUUAAGGUUCAUAGUAUACCUCUGGAUCCUAUCUCGCGCAAAGUCGACCUUAAGCGUGUGCGAAGAGCUAUAAAUCCCAACACCAUCUUGCUCGUAGGUUCCGCGGUUAAUUUUCCCGACGGCAAUCAAGACGAUAUUGUUGCUUUGGGUGCUUUGGCAUCGUCCCACAACAUCGGACUUCAUGUCGAUUGUUGCCUAGGCAGCUUCAUCGUCCCUUUCUUGGAGAAAGCUGGUUUGUCUGGCGGUGAAAAUGGUGGAACCAAGUACAAACUACAGCCAUUCGACUUCAGAGUUCGUGGGGUUACAAGUAUAAGUUGCGAUACACACAAGUAUGGCUUCGCACCCAAGGGGUCUUCUGUGAUUAUGUACCGCAAUUCAAACUUGCGAAAGUACCAGUACUACAUUAAUCCGACAUGGACAGGAGGUGCUUAUGCCAGCCCCAGCUUAUCAGGAUCACGUCCGGGCGCUCUGAUUGCUGGAACUUGGGCAGCUAUGCAGUACAUGGGAUCAAAUGGUUAUCUGGAAUCUUGUCGUGAGAUUGUUGGCGCUGCACGGACUAUCGCAAAUACCAUUACGGCAUCAAUCCCAGAGCUAUAUGUCCUCGGUUCUCCCCCGGCGUCCGUUGUUGCAUUUGCUUCACAGGAUCCAAAAGUCAAUGUGCUGGAAGUGGGUGACGCCAUGUCAAAGAGAGGAUGGCAUUUGAACGGUAUCAGCAGUCCCGCGGCGGUACACAUCGCAUGCACGCGCUUGACUGUUCCUUUGGUUGAUACGUUCAUAGCGGACCUCAAGGAUUCUGUACAGGAAGCGAAAACGGCACCAUCCGGCAAAGGUACCAUGGUGGCUCUGUAUGGUCUUGGAAAAUCGAGCGCAGUGGGCCCAUCCAUGGUGGGCGAACUGGCAACUGCGUUUUUGGAUACAUUGUACAAGGCGUAGAAGUCAACGGUGGUUUUAUCUUGGUCUGCAGUCCCAGCAGAGUGGAGCGCCAUCCGUAUGUACAUGUCAUCUCGCUGGCUUCUCCUGAGAACUGGAAAUUUCCGCGCGCAAGGGUAGCAAUUUUGUUGUCUUCUCUGGUUAUAUAUAUACAUACACAUAUUUGGGUUUGUAAAAUGGGAUGCAUCAUGCAGACAGAUCAACGAUAAUCAUCAUGAUGCAUUUUUUUUACCGAAA